GGCGGCGGCGACCAUGCGGCAGAAGGCGGACGACGCCCGAAGGGGCUCCACGGACGGCAAGCAGGAGAAGUCGGUGAAGCUGCCACGGCGCAUGUCGGCCAGCGUGGCCAAGCAGGAGACGCGCUGGGGUAUGAGCAAGGAGACGAGGAGCGGCCUCAAGGUGACGGCGCUCUGGAUCACCUACCUGCUCCUUGGCAGCGUCGCCUUCAUCUACCUCGAGCAGACCACCACCACCACCGCCACGCCCAAGGACCACCAACACUGGGCCAGGUUCAAAGAGCUGGCAUCCGCAGGAGACGCGCUGGAGGAACUGCUGGAGCUCCGGCUACACCUCCUGCAGCUGUGUCCGCACCCGGUCAUCAACGGAACCUUUGGUUUGCUGGAAUCGAAUGGCGAGAGCGAGAGCCACGGCCCGGCCCCAGGGUCCGCCGCCCACCAGGACAAGCUCGGGCUGGGCGCUGAUUGGUCGAGCGCCGUGGAGGAGGAGUGCCAGGAGAGCCUCAGGAUCAUCGAUCACGUGACCGAGGUGGAGAAGUGGACGCUGGUCGACUCCAUCUACUUCACCAUGUCGGCGGUCACCACCAUCGGCUACGGACACAUCUCGCCCGCGACGCGCUACGGGCGGCUGUUCUGCGUGCUGUACUCGCUGGUGGGCGUGCCGCUGACCUGCAUCCUAAUGGCGUAUUCAUCCGAGAUGCUGUCCAACCGCAUGCUGCAGCUGUACACCUCGGCCAGGAAAUACGAGACAAAGCUAACCUUCCUGUCCCCCCCUCCCGCGCCCCCGGGCGGCCCCCCCUCCCCCCUGCAGAAGCGACACCAGCGCCACCGCAAAACGCUCCUCUACGGCAUCACCUGGAUCUACCUCAGCGUCGGCUUCAUCGUGUUCAUGUUCCUGCCGUCGCUGGCGCUGUCCAAGCUGGAGGACUGGAGCUACGAGGACGCCCUCUACUACACCUUCAUCACGCUCAGCACCAUCGGCUUCGGCGACCUCGUGGCGGGAUACCGCAAGGACCAGCCCUACAGCGAGGUCUACAAGCUGGCCAUCGUCGUGUGGAUCAUGAUGGCCCUCGGCUACUGGUUCCUGCUGCUGAACUUCCUCCAGAAGGCGCUGAAGAGCAACGUGCCCCGCAGGAUCAAGAAGACCUUCAGGUCGAAGAGGAUCGCCAAGCAGGCAGAGUUCUUCCGGCAGCUCGUGGGCAGGGUGAAGCUCGGGCAGCGCAAGGCGUCGCUGGUGGACGGCGACCGCGGCGUCGUGGCGCUCAUGGUGGAGGUGGCCGGCGCCUUCGUGGGCGACGAGCCCGGCAGGACGUCCAGGAAGCAGAGCCUCAGGAUCGACUGCACGCAAGGGAACGACGACUCCGACAGCGAGAUCAACGAGCCACUGACGCUGUCCGACCUGCUGGACGUGAACGUGGUCCUGCGCUCCGACUCCAUGCCCGCCAUCAGGAACCUGGUGGCGCAGACGGGCACGCCGGCCGAGGAGUACUCGCAGAGCCUGCACGGCAUCAUGACGGGCGCGGCGGAGGGCGAGGGCCAGGCCGGCGACGUCGAGGGAGGCCAGGCGGCCGAGAGCUUCCCCGACGAGGUGGUGCUGCCGCUGAGGGAGGUUCUGCACCUGGUGUCGCUGGUGGCGUCCGUGGAGGAGCAGGUGCACAACACGGGCGAGGACGACGACGCCACGGCCUGCAGCAGCACCACACUGCAGGAGGACCCCAACGCCUCGCCCGGCGACUCCACGCCCUCCAUCGUGACCUUUGAUCCCCGCGAGAACGUACCUCUGCUCAGGGACAUCUUCCACUGCAAGCACAACCACCCCUCCAAGAGUGCCUUCUGCAACGGCAUCAAGAUGAAGUCGCGCAUGCGCACGCUGAGCCAGCGCGAGGAGGAGGAGAUCGACGAGGUGCUCAACGAGGUGUUCGACGUGAGCACGGACGCCGAGGAGGACGAGGAGGAGGACACGGAGGGCGACAACGAGAGCCAGCUGGAGGACGACGAGGACGAGAGCGAGGGCGAGCACGCCAGGAGGCUUGGCGACGGGCCCAAGACGCUGCAGGACGUUGAGGCAGGGAACUACUGCAUGCGCGGCAAGAUUGGCUGCGUCCACAAGAGGUAGGGGAGGCCACGCACGAGCAGAGGAAUCCACGCAAGAGCGACGAGAGCCGCCGACGCGAUCCUCAAGCACGCCCGUCCGCCUCCCUGGGACGGCGCCCCUCGCAGUCUCUCGCCAAGGACUUCCAUGCUGCCCCCGGGGCGACGUCUCCGACUCACGCUCCGACGUCGGCGUCUCUGACGGACAUAUUUAUCAAUGGCUUCCUUCCUCUCCGUCCUCGCCAUGAAUUCCUCUUCUCGUAGGAUGACCGCAAGGAAGGCGAGCGCCCAGGACGAGCGCCUUGUGCCAGCUCCCUCGUUGACCCUGGACUCCCGUGAGAGCCACAGUGCCACGUCUCCUUCUGCAGAUGCAUACCCAUGUGCCUUAAUACGUAUCUGUCAGCGUAUCUGAACGACUGUCAGUCUACUUUCCGAUCCGCAUUUCUGUGCAGCUAUCUCUCUCCAAAGUGUACAAGGGAGGCAGAAACUGAAGGCAACUUUACGGGAAGACUUCCUCAAAUGAACGCGGCCUUCACACGAAAUGUAUUUCUUUGCUCUGGUGAUGUGUAAAGACAGCUGUGUGGUAGGGAGAAAUUAGCUACAACUUAUUCCUGUAUAGUAUUAUUGUUUUUAGACUAAAACUAGACUGACUUGUAAUUAGUUAUAGUAUGUAAGGUAUAAACAGAUUUGUAAGAUCUAACACCUUGUUAACAAGCUUUAAAGUGAUUCCACAAUAUGAAUACAGCACAGUGAAAUUUAGUAAGAUAAUACAAUGAGUAAUUACCAAGGUUCAA